AAUCAUCUGCAACCGGAGCGCUUGAAGACCUCUCAUCCUCCUACUUCCCUGAGUGAGCUUGGAUGCUGGAAGAAGCCUCUUGGAUAUGGGAUCAUAUCUGGUUUAUCACAGUCUGGGUUUGAUCCUCUGCUGCUCCGUAUUGAGUUCAGUCUACGCUCUGGUGGAUGCUGAUGAUGUCAUCACCAAAGAGGAGCAGAUCUUCCUACUGCUAAAAGCCAAGGCCAAGUGCGAACGACACCUGAAAGCCAAAGUGCCCAAGGUGCAUGAUGGCUUUUGUCUUCCUGAAUGGGAUGGUAUUGUCUGCUGGCCUGAAGGUGUGCCGGGCAAAGUGGUGGCUAUGCCAUGUCCCGAGUACAUCUAUGACUUCAAUCACAAAGGCCAUGCUUAUCGCCGGUGUGACCUGAAUGGGAGCUGGGAGUUGGUUCCAGGCAACAACCGCACCUGGGCAAACUAUAGUGAAUGUGCCAAGUUCCUCACCAAUGAGACGAGGGAAAGGGAGGUCUUUGAUCGCCUCUAUUUGAUUUAUACUGUUGGAUACUCCAUCUCUCUGGGAUCCCUCACAGUUGCUGUCCUUAUCCUGGGAUACUUCAGACGUUUGCACUGCACUAGAAACUACAUCCACAUGCACCUGUUUGUGUCCUUCAUGCUGAGAGCCGUGAGCAUCUUUGUGAAGGAUGCAGUCUUGUACUCUGGGUCAGCGUUGGAGGAGAUGGAACGGAUCUCAGAGGAAGACCUGAAAUCCAUUACUGAAGCACCUCCAGCAGAUAAAUCGCAGUUUGUGGGCUGUAAAGUAGCAGUUACCUUCUUCCUCUACUUCCUGGCAACCAAUUACUACUGGAUUCUGGUGGAAGGGCUCUAUCUCCACAGCCUCAUCUUCAUGGCAUUUUUCUCAGAGAAGAAGUAUCUCUGGGGAUUCACGUUAUUUGGCUGGGGACUCCCUGCUGUAUUUGUUACAGCGUGGGCCAGCGUGAGAGCCACUCUAGCUGACACAGAGUGUUGGGACUUGAGUGCUGGCAAUUUAAAAUGGAUUAUUCAGGUGCCCAUCCUGGCAGCUAUCGUGGUAAAUUUUAUUCUCUUUAUCAACAUUAUCAGAGUCCUAGCAACCAAGCUACGAGAGACAAAUGCAGGGAGGUGUGACUCAAGACAACAGUACAGGAAGCUGCUGAAAUCUACCCUCGUCCUUAUGCCUCUGUUUGGCGUUCACUAUAUUGUUUUCAUGGCUAUGCCAUACACAGAUGUGUCAGGGAUUCUUUGGCAAGUUCAAAUGCACUAUGAAAUGCUGUUCAACUCUUUCCAGGGAUUUUUUGUUGCCAUCAUAUACUGUUUUUGCAAUGGAGAGGUCCAAGCAGAAAUAAAGAAGUCAUGGAGCAGGUGGACAUUAGCACUUGACUUUAAAAGGAAAGCACGAAGUGGGAGCACAACCUACAGUUAUGGACCAAUGGUUUCCCACACCAGCAUCACAAAUGUAGCCACAAGAGGGGCACUUGCCCUCCAUCUCAAUACAAGACUAUUACCAGGGACCCUCAAUGGACACCGGAAUUUGCCAGGUUAUGUAAAAAAUGGCUCCAUUUCUGAAAACUCCAUGCCUUCUUCUGGACCAGAGCAGUAUAACAAAGACGAGGAGUACCUGAAUGGCUCUGGACUUUAUGAUGGAGACAGACCCACAGUACUUGUUGAAGAAGAAAGAGAGACAGUGAUGUAAAGAAAAGAGGAGAAAGAAAAGAAGAAAAAGGAUGAAAAAGGUUCUUGGAGAGCAUUUAGUGGGCAAAAGAGUAUCAGGCCAUGCAUCGAAUGCCAAGGGUUUCCAUACAGAUUCUCUGUUCUGUGGAACGAGAGGUUAAGUUAUAUGGGAAAAAAAGUGAGCCACCCAUGUGGCCAGCUGUCGAUCACAUACAUGUACUCAGUGAUCUAAGUCUCCCUGGUGUUAACGGAGGCAGGGCUUUCCAGAUCCACAAGCCUUGCUGCCUGCUGAACAACAGAGAUACUAAGAGUUCUCGAGGGAGGGUUGCAAAGCAGCGUGUGGUCCUCGGACCUCUUGGAGAGUAUGGGCAGCCAAGGAGGGCAGAAGUCACACCCAGAAAAGCAAGAGUCUUGUGGGGAUUGUACAGUGCCAUUUUCUUGCGAGGGUACAAACCACCCUGGGCAUCAGCAUCUUCAGUUUGGUUUGCUCUUUCCCUGUAAAGUCUGCCUGGUAACACACGCAUAACACCCACCAAGCCUCCUUGGGGGUAUUAGCUGCCCAUUCUUGCAGACAAAUGCUUAACAUGGGACAGAUCAGCACAACUGGUUGCAUGUUCUUCUAUCAGGCAAUCUCACUCCUUGGCAAAAUGCUCCUCUGGAGUGGGCAGGAUUAACAGCUCGUGUUUGCUGGAUGCAGGCAGAAAACUCUGUUCUCCUUUCCCUGACCUGAGUCUCAGCAACAAGCCAGAAACCAGGGCAACUUUAGGAUGGAAAAUGUGGUUAUCAGAAUGUGCGACAUAUUUGUUCUUCCAGAUGCAGCAGUGGAGAGGGGCCCACCAAGUGGCUUGAGGGAGGGUGGGGAAUUUGUAGGUCUUGGGUAUGUGUGCCUGUGCAUAUGUGUGACUAAAAUCAGCUCAGAGGGAAGCUAACUCAGCCUUUCCUUUUUGUGGAUGCUCAUGGAAACAGGCUUCAGAUGUUUUUUAAAACCUUUAAAUUGCUUCUCCCCUCCGAAUUUCCUGUUUGUCACUAGUCCAAACCCUUAUAAGGAGAAAGACUGCUUCAAAUUCUGACUGUAUCACCCAGAAGCACAAGCUGCUGGAUACAGACAGACAGACCUACCUACCUUCAUGAGAUCUGAAGGCAAUAUUUGCUGGAAAAAAUCACAGGAGUUGUUCGUGGAUGGUUUCCCUCUGAACAUCUUCUGAACUUUCCUCUUCUUCUUCGUGUUUUGGUCAGAUACGCAUAUAUGCACACCGAAUCAGGCUCAUACCUGGUGUAAAAAAGUGUAACUUCAACUAAAGUCACUGAGUUGGCUAAGAAAUGCUCGUGUGAGGAAACAUUAUUGCAUUGCCUCUGAUGGAAAGAGCACAGGGAAGUGCAUCCUUCCUACAGAAGAGAGAGACCAGGAAGAUUUUGUCACUGUGUAGAGUUUCCCUUGCUGGUGGUUUUAGCCAGGUGUGCCAAAAGGUCAUUUCCUGACACACCUCAUGUCUUCAGUAGUGAUGAAGAGAUACAGCCCUUGUUGGCCAAGAAUGUUUUGUGCUGGGGUAACCUCACACCAGCUGAGUAUCCAAGGAAGGUUCACUGCUGGUUUCCAAGCAUGAUUCAAAAUAGCCAAGAAGUGGGAAAUUAGGAACAGUGACCAAACUUCCUACUGCAGCACGUGGUUUCCUAGAGAAAGGUCUCUUGCUGAGUCACCCUGGACCCUCUCUUCACUCCCUGUCAUAGCAUCAGCAUUCCCUUGUUGCACCGUAGGAUUCAGCUUCUUGCGGUGCUUUCUUUUCUUAUUUUUUUUUCCCUUCUUGACAAGUUUCUGGUACCAGAAGCAUUUUGACCUCACAUGGCUGUUACUCAAAUGGAGUAGGCAAGAGUUAUAGGGCAAGUUUUCAGGAGUCCUUUAGGAUGCAGGCAGGGCCAAUGGGACAAUCUACUCUCUAUCCCGAUCCUUUACAUAGGGCUGCUGGGUCUCAUCAACCAGCACUUUUGAGAUAAAUCCAGUUGAUGCAAUCAGCUGGUCUUCUGACAGCUAAUUAAGGACUAACUUCCCCAAAACUUCAAAGGAGGUCAGGAAGAAAAGUUGGGAUCUUGACUUUGUUGUCUGUGUCCCACAUCUUCUCUAAACAACCUUGCAGAGCAACAAAGCCCAGGCUGCCCAGGGAACUGAUGGAUUCACCAUCCCUGGAAGUAUUCAAAAUACAUGUAGCUGUGGCACUUCAGGUCAUGUUUCAGUAGGCACAGUGGUGUUAGAAUGAUAGUUGGACUUCAUAAUCUUAGAGGUCAUUUCCAACCUUAAUGAUUCUGUAUUCUAUGCUAUGACCUCUUCCCUCGAUAUCUCUGAUUUGGAUUUAGAUCUGGGAGGUGAGGUAGUGGCUGAGAGGCAGUCCUCUGUCAGGCACUGAAGCAUCUCUCCACCAGCUGCAGACAUUCAUGAGCAGGUCUCUAAAGCCAGUAUUUAUUUGUGAUGUUCCUUUCUUGUUUUAAAUCAUUAAAACAAGUCAAAACUCAUUGUAACGAUUUACCACCAAAGAGACAGCUAUUGAAAUGUCAGGGUUUCAAAGAAAAAUCUUUUCUCAUGCUCUCUUAUUGUCAUAGAAUCAUAGAAUAGUUUGGGUUGGAAGGGACCUUGAACAUCAUCUAGUUCCAACCAUCGUGCCAUGGGCAGGGACACCUCCCACUGGAUCAGGCUGCCCAAGGCCCCAUUCAACCUGGCCCUGAACACCUCCAGGGAUGGGGCAGACACAUUUUCCCUGGGCAACCUGGGCCAGUGCCUCACCACUCUUAUAGUAUUGUCAUCUUUGUUGUCAUUCAUAUAACAAAGCUAACAAUAGUAUUGCAGAUUGGUUAAGUUAUCUUGCAAGAGAAGUUCGUUCUAGUGAAAGUUUGGCAUGGAGAGCUAACUAGCUCUGCAGAAAUCUGGGUCAGCCCAGUUAUACUCACUGCUUGCCUUUUCCUCACAGAUGCUGGGGUAGCUUCUGAAGGCAAUCAAAGUGGGCAGAAGUUAAUAGUCAGCUCUUUGCAUGUGUACAUCUGCAUUAUUUAGCAUCUCACGUGGCUCUCACCAAUGAGAGUGAAGAACACUGAACGUGCUGACUUUGGUUUUCCAUCCUUCCAGAGUACAUUCUGCUUAAAUCCUGCCAAGCAGAUGCAAUGACAUUCCUGAUUUUCUCGCUCAAAGAAAUUUCUUAGUAUCAUUUCACUGCUGGAACAAAACAAAAAAAAAAAAAACCAAACCCUACCAGUGAGUCACUAUUUGCUUAUGUUUGUUACCGAGAACUCAAGAUUAAUAACAUGUUUGACAACCACUUACCAAAGUUCAAGGAAUUAGCAAAGGCUGUAAAAUUAUUUAUAAAAAUUUACAACACCCCUCAUAAAAUGAAGCCCUCACUUACAGGCAUUCCUCACUGGAUUAUUUAUAAUAAAUGCUUAAAAAAAUAUUUUUAAACCUAGAUAAAAAUUACUGGGAUGUACAGAGGAAGAAAUCUUAUCUUGAUAUUUUCAGUUUUAAAUCACCUACAACGGAUAUUUUUCUAGGUGUCCAUGUGCAUGAACAAUAUCCAUGUAAAAAUGGGAAAAUGUUGGCACCAAAGCAAGGGAAUAACUCUGCCAUUAAGGCACAGCAGGCUGCGUGUUUGCCAAAGCCUGCUCUUAUCCUUCCUAUGUUGAUCACAAACUAUUGACUGAGUGUAUAAGCCAUGAUCUCUUUGCUAGAAACCCAAGGACAUGCUCCACCAACUGUAGUGAGGAAGGGAUCAGACUUGUGAUGUUUCAAAACAGAGAAGAAACUGCAAUUUGCAGUUGUGAUUUGCCCUGGAAGGGAAGAAAAUUGGUCUCACUGGCCCUUGGCCAAAGCCUCUAGAUUCAGAGUGGGGUCACCUUCACUUUUUCCAUCACCAGGAGAUGUGAGCAUUUAUCAAGGGUAGUUUAUCCCCAUCCAAAGGCAUGUGUUCUGCUGGGAUGACAGCUCCUCUCCUGUCUGAUUUACUAGUGCAAACGUAGCCCUGAAGGCCACAGGAAACACGAAUGUGAUGAGUUGAGGUGAGGAUGCAUUUGGAUUCAUCUAGCAACCACUGCAAACCCUGCAGGCAGGACAGGGUUUGUGCCCAUCCUUGUUCAGGUCCAAAGUGGGAAGGUGGAGCAGAGAAAGCAGAUUGCUUUGGAGUUGGACGGCAGCAAACACACUCCAAGGAGGAGGCAAAGGUCUAAAGGAGCUGGUUACCGGUAUUUUCUAGUUUCCCCUCCUCCACUGUGCCCAUUUUUCUUCUCAUCCUGUAAAGCAGCUGGCAACACUCGGAAAUCCUUAUAGACCCUCUCACCUCUCUAACUUCUUACCUCUUCUAUUGCCAUCCACAGCAGCACAGUCUGCUUUUGUUCAUGAGUCUUUGUUGCUUAAUCUACCUCUUUUCUGGAUGGACAAAGAGCUGUUACAUGUUCCUCAGCCUUUUGUUUCUUAAGGAUGGCUUUUGGCAGCAGCCUUGUCAUUUCUUCUUUGCCUGGGUAUGUGCAGAAAUAUGUUUUUAUACCUUCUAUACACUAUUUGGUCUUCGUUCAGAUGAGAUCACGUCUUGUCCUAUUUCUCAGCUCUACUUCUUGUCUGCUACAUAUUAGAGCCAAAUCAGUCUACAAAGUUCUCCCAAAACUGAACUCCUCAGCCAGGGAUUGGCUUUGUUUAUCUGUUUAUGGGCAGUUGGCUGAAGGUCCUAGAACAUCCACAGUGCUGGUAAGAAUUUUCCAGUUUUUCAACUAUGAAAACACACUAAGAAGGAAGAUCUCCAAUUUUUUUUUAUGCCCGAUUAUUGUUUUGCAAACUCCAUUGCUAGCUUAAAAGCUUUUAAAUGUCAAGUUCUGAUGUUUGAAAGAGUUCAGAAGGCUCAUUCAUAGGUUGGGUUCUCUUGCUGUUUCACUGGCUGAUUUUUCUGCAUGGACUCCAUGUAGAAAACUUCUCCAGAAAUACUGACGAUGAGGAGAAUGAUCAGUAUAUCCCUUCACUCAUCUGAAUCUCUCACUAUGGUCAAUGACUCUUUCACUUGAGACAGGACUGCAUGAAAUGAGAGAAAGCACUUUAAGAGUUGACUGUAAGGGAGAGGUUUUAUGAACCUGUGAAGUCUUUUAAUGUGCAACAUUGCUUCUUAUCAGUGUAUGUGCUUUUUUCCACCUGUUGGUGCCCACAAGUUUGCUGAAAACCAGUCUGUGCCUUGUCAUGGAUAGGUCUGCAGCAGGAAUGUGGUUCACAUCUUCUCCUUCUGGCCUUAUCUGAAUUUUAUGACAUUUUAGCUGUAACGGAAAGCAAAAGGAAAAAAAUCUGGGGCAGUAUUUUCCAGACUUGAGGGGUAAUAGCUGCUCGACUGUAUAACCCAUGUCACAAGUUGGCAUUGCACUGAUGGCUGCAAGUUGUAAACUGCUCAGCGGGUGAGGAAGGUUUGUUUUAAGGCUGUGGGCAGGUUAAUGUAGGUCUUCACCAAGCCACUUCCCUACUGACAGCACCUCCUAGGGAAAAGAUCCCGUUGCACUCUCAGGCAGGUGUAAGAGCAUUGGAUUUUUUCAACAAGCUUCAUGAUGGAACAGUUUUUCUGUUUGAUUUUUAGAUAUUAUUAUUCUUUCCACUGCUAAUGCUGAUGGGCUGCCAUGUUCUGGGGAGUAAUCAGAAGACAUAUAUGAUAUCCCUGGGCAGCCGCAGAGCUUUUCAAGCAUCCAGUGUGAUUCUCCAGACAGAUGAGAUUUUAUAUCCUAAUCCUCUAGGGUGUCUUAAAAUGAGAAAAAUAUUAAAUUAUAAAUUAAAUGAGUUUGUGAAGGAUCUUAUAAAUAAUUUUCCAUCAUGCAUGUCUGGAUUUGCCUCGAAAACAUAAUACUUCAUAAAUUGUAUAAGUAAAAUAGACAACAUUCAUUGGAAGGCAUUUCUCCUGGAUAUGCCCAUGGAAGUGGAGGCUGAACCUACUUGACAGCAAAUGCUUUUGGCCCAAAGAAACAUUUUGUUCUGAGGCAGCAAAUCCUGCCAUCUGUAUAAAAACUAUUUGGCUCAUACUAUUCCACCCAAACUAUUUUUGUGGCCUCUCAUAUAAUCAAGUUUGAUCCAGAAACCUGAUCUCCUUGGUGUUUCCAUGUGAUCUUUUGUCUCUCUGUAGGAAAUCUACAGGCCAUUGUGAGUGAAUUAGGAUGGAGAGAGAUGUGUGGGCAUGCAGCUCAGUACUCACUUUGGCCUAUGACCAGCUAUUGGUCAUCUAAAAUUCAGAGGCGUCACGCAAAGCUGUGCAAAAAUAGAAAUUUUACUAAUGUACUUCCUUUAGUGAGUAGCCACAAAUUAAUUUGCCAUCCUAUCUAGUCUUACAAUAGGCAAAAAGUGUCCUCAUAAGGGUGCCUCUUUACUCAGUGCUGAAAGAUGUCUUCACUGAAUGUUUUUUGGUCUGUAGGUGACUUAGGAGAUUUUAGAGCAUUAUCUUCUACUGAAAGCCCAGCAGCUGAAGCUGGGACUAAGACGUGAUCUUUUGGCCGUGUUAGCAGACUCCCAUGUGUCUUCUUUACCUAAAAGGCUGGGUGGUGGAUCAGUAACCACUUUUGAUCUUUAAGGCCACUUGUCCCUCUCAGGUAUAGAAGCCCACAAGAAGGACACCAGCAGGGUGAACAACCUUGUCCUUGAUUUUGAUCCCACAUUCAAGUUGCUGGAGUCCUUCUCUACACUUAACUCCUCUUUUUGCAGACUGAGCCCAAGAAACAACCCCUGAAAACUUAUUUAAAGAACUUGAUUAAGCAAGAAGAAGUCAAUCUCAACUCUCAGUUCCAAGACCACACCAGAGAGUUAUCUUAGGAACAUGACUUACUCUGAUAACUUGCACAGUGCCUUAGCCUUAUUGUACCCAUCACAUUUGGUUCCGAGUGCAGGUACCCUGGCAGCAGUGGAAGGUCAUAUCAUCAAAAUAGUCUUAUUGUACAUUAAUUGAUAAGAAGAGGGCACAGAAAGCAAGGGAAAAGACCUGCUGUCUUUACACUACACUUAAAAAGGAUUAUAAGCAAUAAAAUAAUAAUUAUAGGUUAACCUUGGUUUAUUUCAUCAAAUUCUGUUGAGUGCUCUGACGGGGUGUGUGCAGCAUCUGGCUUCUCCUGAGUGGAAAGGGUUCUCUGUGGUGGACAGAAUAGCAAUAAUGAGUGGACAGGGUCAUUCAAAGACAGUCUCUGGGGCAGGACACUUAGAAACAGACUUGAUGUUGAUUUUAUAAUCAUUGGCAGGAGGCAGGAGCUAUUCCACUGAAGUUAAUCGAGUUAACUCGGUCUAAUGCCAAGGCAAAACAGAUCUGAAUCUAGAUCGCAGUUCAGGACUCAUGUACAAUUUGCAUAAUGGAAUUAAAAUAAACCUUCCAACUCUAGCUUCAGAAAUAGUCUGCUGAGAAUUACAGACCACGCUUGCUGUUUGGGAUUAAAUAAAAGUACACCCAAGGCAUCAGCUGUCACACUGAACAAUCCCAUUUCAUCUGUUCCUGUCCAGAUGAGCCUGUUCUUCCCAUUGUCAUACAUUGUGGUCACUUAGCCACACUCAGCUCUUUCAAUCAGUAGGGAUUUUUCUCAGCCCUUUCUUUCUUUUCAUUUCUAUCCUGCUUGCAUGGGAUCUUAGAUCCUCCAAGGUUUCAUGCUGUCUUUCACACUGAAGUUAGCCCCGCAGUAUAGAAAGUUCAGGAUAAUAGCAACAUUUGGCCAGGACUUAGGAGGCGAAUGAAGGAAAGAAUGUCAUAGGUGAAGAAGAAUGUCAUAUCAUUAGAAGAAAUAGCAAGUAUGGUUCCUCUGAAACCUUUCCCACAGAUGAGGGAAAGGUUUACAAAGCUUGGCACAGCAUUUUACCCUCCAGAUGAACUUGUUCAUGAUUUGCUCAUAGAAGAUCUCAAGCCAUUGAAUAUGACGUGCAAAGUUCACACAAUGUCUUUCCACUGGCUUGGAAAAGUUAGAGCUGCUAUUAAAUAUUCUUGUUUAAUUUAAGUUUAAUAUUCUGAUCUAGAAGCAUAGAAUAGAUUGGGCUAGAAGGCACCAUGAGAAGGUCAUCUAGUCCAAAUCCACUUCAGUGAGCAGAUAUAUUUUCAACUAGAUUAGGUUGCUCAGAGCCCUAUCCAGCCUGACCUUGAAUGUUUCCAGGGAUGGGCAUCUACCACCUCUCUGCUCAUGUGGUUUCUGCAUCCUUUUAUAGGUUGGUACAUCAGUGCUGCUUCAGGGCACACUUGCAGAACUGUCCCUUAACUGCCUUUGCAUCUGUAUCCUCUUGAAAUUACUGCACCCAUCUGGGGCCAUCUCCUUCCUAACCACGUCUCUUGGUGACAUUCAGUACUGGCAGUCAGUGAUGCUGCUUUGUAAGGGAGCCAUAGGCAGCAUUUGCAAGAAAAGAGUGCAACAAACUCUGUCCUAAUUCAGAAUGGCUUUACAGGACUGCAACGAGGCAGGGCAGGGCUGGAAAUCAGCUCAGAGUUUGGCAGGGGCCAGGAACAAAAGAAAAAGUUAUGGAAGAGCUGACCCAGAUGAUCGUAAGUAAUUAGAAAGUUUUAUAAAUCUGGCUUCUUUUCAGGCAGACCUCCUUGUCCAGUAGAGAUUUGAUGGAGGUAGACUCUUGCACAAUCGCCUUCUCUCCUGCACAGGGGAAGUCUAGAGAGAGCAAAUGUACAAAGUCAGUACAACUUUCUCUUCUUCUUCAUCCUCACUGGCACAUUUACCUUCUUUUCUCAUCUGAAAAGAAGGGGUACAUUAGAACAACCUGAACAUUAGAACCUGGAAUUCAGACUUAUUUCUCCCGGCUCCAACAGAAUAAGUUCUUCAUGUGACCACAACAAUUGUUUUCGUGGCACAUUAAUGAAGGAAUUUGGUGAUAUUUGGUUAACUUCCUAAGAGUGAGGAUUAAGGAUUCUGAGCUAGCAAUGUGAUGUGCAAGAACAUAGACACGCUGGCACCUCUUUGGGAUGAAAUCUAGAUCUGAUGAAAAUCGACAUCAAAAUGUCUGUUCAUUACCACGGAGUGGGCUUCACCCGUAAAUUCUGAUGAGGUUAAAAGAUAAGGACUCAAACAAAUAACCUCCUCUGUCCCAAAAACCUUACUGGCCACCCAUAUUUCACAGAGUUGUUUUGCUUUAUAUCAACGAUACUACAAGACCAGAAAGCAGAGAUCAAGAAGUAGAAGUUGAUCUGAGUGGCAGGCUCCUCUCUUAAAAUGCUUCAUGAGUGACAUUGGUUUCGGCUUCUACAUAUGGGUAUUUAGGAUGUGGUAGCUAUUUGGCUAGAAAAAGACAUGGUAUUUUUGAUAUAGAUGGGAUUAGCAUGCACUGGGUUUCCAAAAUGCCUGGAACUACAUCCUCUGAAAUAGAGAUACAAAAUCAACUUGAAAGAAUGCUUAGAACAAGCUUAUAUGAAGGGUGUUCUCCAAACAGGCAGACCUCAAAUACCUAAAGCAGAAGACAAAACUAUGACUUCAUCAGGGAAGCAGCACCUGUUUAAACCAGAGCAUUACAACAGACAUAAGCCCUUCUAAAUAUAGACCUGGAUGCUUCUCACCAGGCCAAGCUUUUACCUUUUUGUUUUUCUCUCUCUACAUUUAUCAUUCUUCCCUGAGGGCUGUAGGGAAGGAUGAGCAAGAAGCCAUUUGUUGUUAGAGGUGAAAUGUUUUAAAGGACAGGUUGUACAAGGUAGAGCUGUUGGGAAAGUCAGUUGGCAGAAGAAGAAGGACAUGUGUAGCCAAGCACCAUCUCCCAAAUCCACCCCCUCAGGACAUCCCCGUGUUCAGAAGUAUGAUAUCAAUCUCUUGCCAUCUGCAUGAGCUGGGGCAUGCAUGAAGAGACAGAUCUGCUACUAAAACUCAUUGCUUUGUCUCACCAACUUCACGGUGACACAGCCAUGGUGGUCACCAGAAGUAAUGAGGUCUGGGCAUUAGAAAAAGGACACAGCUAUUCCCGGCAGCCUGCCAGGCUUGUCUCAAGGAGUUUGUUUUCAAGAUAUUAGCUUAUUUUUUCUAGUCUGAGCAGAAGGCGAAGGAGUUUGGAUGUGUUCACUAGCGCUUUUACUGAAGUGGGUUUUAAGUCCAUAUUUUACUUCAGAAGCGAGACAAAAAAUGAAAAAAAAAAAGUAAGAGAUAAUACUGUGACUUCUUUCUGUGUGUUACGGGGACAUUGCCUUGUGUGUGUCAUCAGGCAGGCACUUGGUUUACAUUCCUCCACUUCUGCUUUCUGUAUGGACCAAAGUAACAAGUGGAAAAUGACAAACCACAGGUGUAUGUAAAAGGGAAUUAAAAUAAAAAGAAACCU